AUGCACGCCGCGACGGAGCGAGUCGCAGAGCGGGUGCAGCGGCCACGGUUGGCAGCACUCACAUGUGCGCUCGCUGGUGUUCAGCUUGUGGCCUCGCUCAAUGUGGGCAACUCGACAAAGGUCUUUCGCGAGCUGGGCAUGGCCGACAAGUGGGUGGCGGCCGCUUGGCUCGCUGGGCCCAUCUCGGGCAUGGUUGUCCAGCCGCUGGUCGGCGUCUGGUCCGAUGGCUGUACUGCAAGCUGUGGUCGUCGCUCGCCGUUCAUCGCUUCCGGUGCUCUGGUCAUUGUGGCUGCGCUCACUCUCUUUGCCAAUGCCGAGGACGUCGGCACCGCUGCUGGCGAGCACACCUCGUCGUGCGCCGGCUCGCGCUGCACAAUGGCUCUCGCUGUCGCCGUCGCCGCCUUCUGCAUCCUCGAUCUUGCCUUCAACACCAUCAAGGGGCCAGCACGAACGCUCUUGGUUGAUCUCGUUCCACCAGAGCAGCAGUCUGAGGGCAACGCACUGUUUGGGACCAUGACGGGCCUUGGCUCCAUUUUUGGGUUUGCGCUCGGGGCGCUGCCGCUCACCGACGCGUUCCCGUUCAUGGGUACCAAUCUGCGGGCGCUGUACGCCCUUGGUGCGCUUGCUGUGCUCGUUGCCGUCGGCGUUACACUUGCCGCCGCCCGCGAGGAGCAGCACGCCCCGCCAGGCACACUCGAUCAUGUCGAGUCGUGCGACGGCGCGCUGAACGAAGCCUCACCGCUGCUCAACGACGCAUUGGAGCUACCCAAGCCGCGACCGGCCACGUCGCGCUGGCGCAGAUGGCGUGCUGCCCUUACCACGAUGCCGCCCGUGCUUGGUCAUGUCUUUGCCGUCCAGUGCUGCACGUGGUUCGCUUGGUUCACCACCUUUAUCUACGCCACCUCGUGGGUAGGCUCGGUGGUAUACGGCGGCGAUCCGAACGCACCCGCUGGCUCGCAUGCGCGCACACUGUACGACGACGGCGUGCGGGCUGGGAAUCUCGGCCUGCUCAUGCAGGCCCUGACCACCGUUGUCCUCACUCUGCCCGGUCCGUGGGGCGCUGCCCUGCUCCCGAGGCUGGUCACUACCGCCGGUACCAAAUCGGUGUACGUUGCGGCCCACAUUGUCCUUGCCCUCAUUCUUGGUGCUGUCGGGCUGUUGACCCAUCUCGCCCGAGCUGGCACACCGCGAACCACCCUCGUCCCGCUCGUCCUCCUCGCCUUUGGCAGCCUCGGUUUUCCAUGGGCAUGCACCAUGACCCUCCCGUGGGCGCUCACCGCAGUCGCCAUCGAGGCUUCUGACGACAAAGGCCUGCUCAUGUCGAUGAUGAACCUCGCGCAGUGCCUGCCGGAAGUUGCUGCCGCCGGCGCCGGCUUUGCUCUCCUCUCACUGCCGAACUGGGCCAACCCGCUCGGCACCGGCGCCGUCAUGACCCUCGGUGGCUUCAUCGCCGCCAUCGGUGCAGCUCUCAUCGCCUACCUUCGCCUCGGCGACAACGCCGCGUUCGAAUCACCCCGCUAG